CAGCCCAGAGCCUGAAGAACAGUAAGACGAAAAUGGACGGAGUGGGUUCGUUUGGUGCUGGGAGAGCCGGGGCUGCUUUCGACCCUAUUGCCUUUAUCCAACAGCCGCAGACCAUCCUCAGAAUAUUAUCAUGGAUCUUCUCAAUGGUAGUGUUCGGAUCCAUAAUAAAUGAAGGCUAUGUCAACCAUGGCAGUCAGAGGCUCUAUUGUGUUUUCAACAAGAACAACAGUGCCUGCAAUUAUGGAACCACUAUUGGGCUCAUAGCAUUUCUAGCAUGCAUUUUCUUCAUAAUCCUUGACAUGAAGUUCCAACAAAUCAGCAGUAUUAAAGACAGGAAGAAGGCAGUGAUGCUGGACAUUGGAUUUUCAGGUUUCUGGGCGUUUUUGUGGUUUGUUUGUUUCUGCUUCUUGGCCAACCAAUGGCAGUGCACCACCCCAGAUGAGCUGCCCUUAAAUCAGGGAGCGGAUGCUGCCAGAGCUGCCAUCACCUUCUCCUUCUUCUCCAUCUUCACCUGGGCAGGUUUGACCGUGAGAGCGGUGCAGAAGUACAUGCUAGGGACCGACAUGACCCUCUUCACCACAGAGCACGUGGACGGCAACCCACCCAUCCAGCCCUACCCCACCGGCCCAAGCACCGAGCCCAGCGACACAUACCAGAGCCCACCCUUCACCGAGAACCUGGACUCCAGCGCCCCAGCCUACCAGGUGCCAAUUUACUGAAACGGUGCCUAGCAAAAGUCCACAUGCGAUGUCUUUGUGUGUCGGAGUCAGUGUGGAUGCCUGGCACUGGUCUUCACACUGAAGUGGUGUGACAAUGUUCAUAGGUAGAACUUCUGUACAAGAAUAUGUUGAUUGUGAUUUCACUUUCGUUCGGAAUAUUACGUGUUUAUUUAUCAGCUGGAAUGAAACCGUUUGAGGUUUAUCAGUGUUGUUUAAAAAUGAAAAGGUUAGGUUGCAUGUGUUAUAUUUAGAGAGCUAUGAAGUGCCAUGCAUCACAAACAAUACCUUAUAUAUUGAGUUUCCAUAAUGCUGUUGGGUACUGUAUAUAAAGUGCAAUAUCUGAAACAUGGAAUCACCAAAACAUUUUUGACACAUUUACAUGUUCUCCAACUAAAAGAUUCCGGGAGGUGGUUUUCCUAAAAGAGGGUAAGGGUUUUGCUGUAGAUAAGGUUUAUCAAAAUGUUGUUGAUUCAGUGUUUGAUUUAGUGAAGCCACUAAAAGUGUUACGACAAAGUCCGAUUUUAUUUUAAAAGGAGUUUUGUAGCUUACAGCGUGUGAAUACUUCUGACUAUAUCAGAAUAUAAAAAUUAAAUGAAUCCCACUAAAAAGAUUUCAAACAAAUGUUUUUUUUUCAAAGCCACAAUCAGUUGGCAUUUUAAAAUUGAGGUAAUACAAACAUAUAAACUGGCAAUUAAUAUAAAUGCUUUUUGAAUGCAGUUACAAACUUGGACAAUGACUUCACUUUGUAUGUUUUUUUAACAUUACAAAUUGCUAGCAAGUAAGUAAAAUGUCAUUUUUAAAAGAAAUGAAUGCUUUUAUUCAGCAAUGAGACAUUCACAAUCAAAAGUGACAGUAAAGACAUCGGUAAUGUUACAGAAGAUUUCUAUUUCAAAUCAGUGCUGUUCUUUUGCACUUUCUAUUCAUCAAAGAUUCCUGAAACAAAA